AUGGAGGAGGCCCCCAGCCGCCUAGAAGCCCUGCAGAAGCUGCGGGAGCGCCUGUGCACCGAGACAGAGCCCAGCAAGCUCUACAGCACCCUGAAGAAACUCUCUCGCCUGCCCGUGCUGGGCGACACCCUGGAGGAGAUUGGCUUCAGGAAGACCAUCAAAGUGUUGAAGAAACAGCAGCUCCUGCUACCCUUUGCCAAGGACUUAGCGGCCCAGUGGUCAGAGGGGUCCCACUUUGGGCCCCGGCCUGAACCCAGACCCCAGGACUUUGCCUCCCAGAGCAGCGCGACGACAGAGCCUCGCAGAGACUCCCCAGAGGCGCUUGAGCCUGCUUCCCGGCCACAGGGAGGAGGUGGCAGAGAGGUCUUGGAGGUCAGCGGUAGCAGCCCGCAGCGAAGCGCACCUCGCAGCCCAAGCUCCGAGCCAGCGGGAAGAAAGAGGCCCAGAGGGUCCUUCGGGGGCAGGCAGCUAGCCGCGGAGAGCCAGGUACAGGUACGCGGAGGCAAGCCCCCACAGGGAGGUGUUGGGGCGCCCUGGCGGCUGCAAGGGGUGAAGGCCCUCUGCGGCAAGCCAGCGGCUGGGCCAGCGAAGCGGCGUCCGUCUCCCCCGAGGGAAAAGACCCCUGGCCCCUGGAUCCGGGAAGACCAGCAGGCCGCUUCUUUGCAGGCUCGCCUCGACUACCACAGCUCUGACAGCUCUCCGUCUUCCUCCGCGCCCGCGCCGCCGCCUCCGGGCAAGAGGAAGAGGAAAAGCAACUGGAAAGCUGAGGCGCAGAGCCCCGGAGCAGAGAGCUCACCUCCGGUCUCCAAGCCUGCUUCUCCGGAGGAGAAGGACCUGAGGACUCUUCCUUGCACACUGACCGAGAAGCAGCACCUUGGGCGCGCAGGGCGACCUGGAAAACGCCUGUGUAUUCGGGUCGCACACCAGCCAGAGCUCUCCCAAGGAAAUCGCACCAAGGACGCUUUGCGAACCCCGACCGCACGUGGGAAACUCACAGCCAACCGGCCCCCGCAGGAAUGCGGGCUCUGGAGACAGCAAGAGGACCAGUCCCGCACCUGCAAGCCAACUAACCCCCAGACUGAGACCCAGACACACCUCAGGCUGCAGCAGUCCAGCGAGCUGAGGCUGAAAGCCCUGACAGCCCGCAUCCAAAGCUCACAAGCCAAGAAGCAUCAAGACCGCCAAACCAAGCUGAUCUCCUUCCACGCCCUGACCGCAGACCCAGGCCAGCAUGCAGACUCCGCACCCAGACGGGAAGACUCCCCCGAAAACCUGAACUGCCUCAGCCAAGGCCCUGGCACUGACCUUGUGAAGAGGGCUCCGCGCCCCGCCCUGGGCGGCAGGGACCAGACCCGUGCUAAGAAAGCCGCCCCGCUCAUGGCCAAGGCCCUCAAGGAUUACAAGAAUAGGUGGUCUCGGAAGUGA